ACUGUGAGAAAGCAUUGCACAAGAAAAUUAAUCUUACAAAUUAUAUCACAAAUCCUACCAGAGAGAAAUUCAUCUGCAAUGACUGUGGGAAAGCAUUUUCCUCGAAACGCAUUCUUAGAGUUCAUAUGAGAAUCCACACUGGAGAGAAGCCAUACAUGUGCAAGGAAUGUGGGAAAGCAUUUUCCCACAAACCAAAUCUUACAAGUCAUAUGAAAAUCCAUACCGGAGAGAAGCCAUUCAUGUGCAAGGAAUGUGGGAAAGCAUUUUCCCGCAAACCAAGUCUUACAAUUCACAUGAGAAUCCAUACCAGAGAGAAGCCAUUCAUGUGCAAGGAAUGUGGGAAAGCAUUUUCCCACAAACCAAGUCUUACAAGUCAUAUGAGAAUCCAUACCGGAGAGAAGCCAUUCAUGUGCAAGGAAUGUGGGAAAGCAUUUUCCCAGAAAUCAAAUCUUGCACUUCAUAUGAGAAUCCACACUGGAGAGAAACCAUUCAUGUGCAGGGAAUGUGGUAAAGCAUUUUCCCAGAAGCCAAGUCUUACACUUCAUAUGAGAUUGCAUACUGAAGAGAAGCCAUUCAUGUGCAAGGAAUGUGGGAAAGCAUUUUCCCACAAACCAAGUCUUACAAGUCAUAUGAGAAUCCAUACCGUAGAGAAGCCAUUCAUGUGCAAGGAAUGUGGGAAAGUAUUUCCAAAGAAAGAUGUUCUUACAAUUCAUAUGAGAAUCCAUACCGGAGAGAAGCCAUUCAUGUGCAAGGAAUGUGGGAAAGCCUUUUCCCAGAAAUCAAAUCUUACACUUCAUAUGAGAAUCCACAUUGGAGAGAAACCAUUCAUGUGCAGGGAAUGUGGUAAAGCAUUUUCCCAGAAAUCAAGUCUUACACGUCAUAUGAGAUUGCAUACCAGAGAGGAAAAAGAAACAACAUGAUAAAAUAAACCAGUUAAGGGCAGAGAUCUCUCAAAUGACCAACUAUAUGACAGAUCAAAUUCACUCACAAAAUCUGCUCAAGAAAAUAAGGAAAAUAAAGAAAAAAUACAGAAUAGGGGAUGAACAAAUGAGUGGAAAACUGGCAGAACACAAAGCUAAUAUAAAGGCCCUAGCUUCACAAAUAGGAAGCAAACAACAGAAGUUAAAAGCAAAACAGAUAAAUAGGCAGUUUGGUAUAAUUCCACAGAGAGUGUAUAGAAAAAUGGCGAAAGAAACAGUUGAGGUACGAACACCACCGAGCAAGGAAGACACUAUUAGGCAGAAGAAUAGCCAGAAACAGCAAAUGCCACCAAUAAUGUUCACUAUUGAAAAAGUAACAAAGAAAAUAAAAGAAUACGUAUAAUAAUUUCAAGAUAACAGUAAUAGACAAGACUCCAAAUUUAUGGCUAAAAAAGAUCACAACACUACACCACACUUAUGCUCAAGCCCUUCUGAAGAAUAGUAAGAAGAGAAGAAGAAUCACCAGAGUGGCUCACAACAAGAAAUACCAACCUUCUCCCUAAUAGUUCCGAGACUGAGCUCCCUAACAAAUAUAGGCCCAUCUGCUGCCUACCAACAACCUACAAAUGGCUCACAGGAGUCAUAGCAGACGAGAUCUGUGAACACUUAAAUCAAGGCAAAUAUAUGGAAAAAGAACGAAAGAAACAAACUAAGCACUGAAGAUCAACUGCUAAUAAACAAAACAAUAUUAGAAGAUUGUAAGAAAAGACAAAGGAAUCUUAAUAUGGCUUGGAUAGAUUACAAGAAGGCAUUUGACACCUUGCCGUGCACCUGGAUAUUCAAAUGUAUGGAAUUAGACAACAUCAAUGAGGAAAUAAAAUCUUUCUUGGCAGCACAGAUAAGUAAGUGGCAGACCACUCUCUGUCUAAAACACUGUGAGGGCCAGAUAGUAAUUCCAGACAUAAAGAUCCAAAGAGGAAUAUUUCAGAGCGACGGCCUCUCACCUCUUCUAUUCUGCUUGACCAUAGAUCCGCUUAGUAAUAUCUUGAAUAACAUUAACAGUGGCUAUGACCCAAGCAGAAGCAGAAAAGAGAAUAAAAGAGUGAACCACCUGCUCUUCAUGGAUGACCUGAAGUUGUUUGCAGACUCAGAAGAAAAUUUGGAAGAACAAGUUAGGACAGUCCACCAAUUCUCAAAUGACACCUGCAUGGAAUUUGAGUUGGACAAGUGUGCCAAGAGUACAAUAAAGAGAGGGAAGAGAGUAACAUCAGAAGGAAUAAAGGUAGAGAAAGGCAUAUUUGUUGAAGACCAGGCGGAGGAGUCUGCAUGUAAGUACUUGGGAAUAGAAGAAAACACUGGUAUAGAGCACAAUUAAGUGAGAGAAAAGAUAAAGAAAGAAUACAUCAGCCAAUUAAAGAAUUAACACCAAAAACAAGAUCACUGCCAUAAACCAGCUGGUGAUACCAUUGGUGACACAUGGUUUUGGCAUUGUAGACUGGCCACAAGAUAAGUUAGGAUGGAUAUUAAAACCAGGAAGAUUUUCAUCCUACAUAAAGUCACAUACAGACACCAGUGUAUGGACAGAAUAUGCCUCCCUCGCAGAGAAGGUGGAUUAGGCCUGACUGAGAUCAACCAGGCCUACAGAGCAGCAAUAGUAAGUAUAGGGCAGUACUUGAAAAGCUCUGAAGACAAUAACAUCAAAAAGGUUGCCCAACACCAUAAUGGAGCUCUGAGCCAACUAGCAUCAAUAACAAAACAGGCUAAGAACUUCGCAGGAAAUCUGCUCGAAGACACAGAGGGUACUGAACAGACUCCAACAACAACAAUAGCCACGAAAACCAGGCAGAAAUACAGUAAUAGAGAGGAGAGACUUAAAAUGGAAAGGUGAAAAGACCAUGGAAGGACAGGAAGAUUUCAAGAAUAAUUGGAAAAGUUACAUAGACAAAGAAGAGUCACUUAGAUGGAUAAGAAAUGGAGAUCUAGGUUAUGAUGGAGAAAUACUGAUAAUAGGAGCACAAGACCAAGGCCUCCUGACAGACAGCUUUGAAGUGAACAGAAAAGUGUGGGAGCACAAAGCAGAUCCAGUCACCUCCAAUAGGGCUGCUACCAUCUUUUAUGACAAGGAAAUUCCAACAGGAAGAUAUAUAGAAGGAGGUGCUAUAAGACCUGAUAUUGUCAUCUGGAACAAGAAGGAAUAAACAGCAAAGAUUAUAGAUGUGACAGUACCCAGUGACUUUGGCCUCAAUAGAGCUUAAAGGCAUAAAAUAACAAAAUGCCAAGACCUGAAGAAUGACCUGAAAAGCACAUGGGAACUGAAGGAAAUAGAAAAAAAUACCUUUGGUGGUAGGAGCAACAGGACUUAUAAAGAAAAAUCUGAGAAAAUAUCUUCAGAUUAUACGAAGUUGCCCAGUAUAAAUGAGGUGCAGAUUGCUUCCCUCAAAGCAAUGGUAAACACCUUGAAACAAACCCUUGUAUAUAAGGCUAAUGGAAUAUAGAGGUGCAACCAUAGACCCCAGGCUGGAGCCCAUUGCACCCUUGAUAUAAAUGGAAAAUUAAGAAUAACAUAAGCCAGAGAGAAACCAUAUAGUUGCUCUAUAUGUCAAAGGAGUUUUUCUCAACCAAAUCCUCUCAAAAGACACGAGAAUUCACACUAGAAAGAAACUGUUUACUUGAUCUCUGUCCAAGUAGUUUUUAUUACAUGAUUUUAUUUAACUUGACUUCUGCGUCUGUUUUGAAUGAAGGUGUCUCAAAAGGUGUGUGAAAACUCAUGCUAGAAGUCAUAUCCUGUAUCUGCACUUGGUUUCCAAGAAGUCUUUUUUUUCAUUAGGUUUUUUCAUUAGGUUCAUCUUAGAAUGUAUUUGUUAACUCAGAAGAAAGAUGUUAUUCUUCCACACGAUGUUGAAACAGUUUUUCUCUUGUAGAUUCAGAACAUAUGUGAGCACUCAUGGAGGAUAGAUAUUGUUCUUUUACACUGCAUGUUGUACUUUUGUCUUGUAUUCUGCAAGUCACAGUCAUUGGUUCUGAAUGCCACUGUUUUUCAGGUGUCAAAAUGCACAAGCAAAGUCACUCAUCAGAGACAAUAUUCAGUUGCACUGACAGAUUUGUUAAUGGUUUGCACCCCAAAGUAAGUUGCACUUGAUGUGGAGAUAAUUAUUGUGAACUUGUCUGCAAAAUCUAUAGAAAAAAAAGCAACAGCAAACCUAAGGAACGAUAAAAAGAAAAACCAUAUUUAUAUUUUUAUGAUCCAAUUGAUGACCAUCAUCAUUGCUGUUACUCAAAGAAGAGAAGGAGAAUCUGGAGGAAGGUCUCAGUGAAAAUGCAGAUGAAGGCUCUUCAUUUGCAGAGUCUUUAUUAGAAGUCAAGGCAGAGCCAAAGUAUUUUGGCCAGAGUGAAUUUGAUGCAAAAUGGUUGUAUAACCUUUAUGCAAAGAUAAAAUAAAUGACUUUUAGUUUUUUUUUACAAUUGUUCUCACUGAACACUGUACAGUGCUAGGUUAAGAAAUUUUCCUUUGCCUUCUCCACUUUUCUUGUUCCUGUGUAUUUUUUGUAUGAUUUCCAAAUAAAGAAUUAGUAUUGUCUUUGGCUGACAUGGUUUUCCUCCUUUUGUUAUUCAGCAUUAUGCAUAUAUGCUCUUGUAUAUGUAGUUGUAAGCUUGAAUAUUUCCAUGAAAUGUUAUUCUUAGUGGAAAUAGAAAGGAUUGAUAUCUUCAUUAAACUUCAAUGAAAUUUAGGUGCAGUUUAAUUGAUUAUUUUUCAUUAUAUGUUCUUGGUUUUUAUCUUCUACAAAGAAUGUGCUACAGCAUUUGUAAGUAAAUCCUAAUGCCUUGUAUUAGCUCACUAAAUACUACAUUGGACUGUGCAGUAUUUUGUUUUAGGUUAACCAGUGUGAGGUGUUGAGAAGACUAGACUAGUUAUGCAAAUGACUAAAGAAAUGUGUUAUUCUGAUUAGA